GUCACGUGACAGCAGUGUUUCUCACCCAACCCAGUCAGUCCGUCCUUCCCAGGCCGUGGAUCUAAAACACAGAACCAGGUAAACUCCAGUUAACCUGCACUACUGACUGGUGAAGUAGUUUGCCGUCCCUCUGUGGUCUCUCUAGUAACGAGAAGCGGAGAGGGGAGUAGUAACGUCAUUCAGAAAGUGCGCGCGCGUGUUCUCGUUGUGUUUUCCUUAUGUUAAUUUAAAGAACAAAUAUUAAUUUACCAACCGCGACCUGCACGGGAACGACUCACCAUCCGGGUCUUUUGUAACUUAUCUCAUACAGAAAGGUUACCUGCACACCUCAAAAUGAACAUUCUCUUGGAGUCUCUACGGCUGAUAUUUUUGACCAUCUACUACAAUCUGGAAGCCUUCCUAAAGUUCUUCAUCCCACAGAGGAAGAAAGAUGUAUCUGGAGAGAUUGUGCUCAUCACCGGGUCAGGCAGUGGGAUUGGCAGACUGAUGGCCCUUGAGUUUGCCCUACUGGACGUCUCACUGGUGCUGUGGGACAUUAAUGUGGACGGCUUGAAAGAAACUGCAGAACAGGUUAAAGAAAAAGGGGCAUCAAGGGUACAUUACUACCAGUGUGACUGCAGUGAUAGAGAAGCAGUAUAUCGAGUGGCAGAUCAGGUAAAAAGUGAAAUUGGUGAUGUCACCAUACUAAUAAACAAUGCUGGCAUUGUUAGUGGUAAGAAGUUCAUGGACACUCCUGAUGCACUUAUUGAGAAGACACUGAGAGUGAAUGCAAUGUCCCAUUUUUGGACAUAUAAAGCAUUUCUUCCUGCCAUGACAGACAAAAACCAUGGACAUCUGGUCAGUGUUGCAAGCUCUGCUGGCUUGAUAGGUGUCAAUGGAUUGGCAGAUUAUUGCGCAAGCAAGUUUGCUGCUGUAGGUUUUGCCGAGUCUGUGGCCCUUGAGCUGUUAUCAGCAGGGAAGGAUGGAAUCAAGACCACAAUUGUCUGCCCAUUCUUGAUCAACACAGGACUGUUUGAUGGAUGUGGGACAAAGUGGCCUCGACUGAUGCCGAUGUUGGAGCCUGACUAUGUUGCUAGGAGGAUUGUCAGUGCCAUUCUGACAGACCAAGUUUUUGUUUUACUGCCAAGGUCCUUAUACUUUUUAAUGGCUUUAAAAGGUAUCAUCCCAUACAAACAAUCGGUCAUCCUGGGUAUGUACUUCGGGGCCUUCAAUUUCAUGGACGCUUUCAAAGGACGGGAAAAGAAGAGAGACUAAUUCUAAUUUUGAUACUUCAAUGUCUUAUCAUGAUUUUUUUGUAACUACCUCUGCCAAAAAGUUAUUCCAGAGCCUCUUAAAAAUAAAUCAUAUUAAAAACUGUCCAAGUUUGAUUUACUUACUGGUUUUAUAUUGGGUAACACUUUAUUUCGAUGGGCCACUUGAGUAUUCGUAGACUGUCUGCUUAAUAUCUGUUGAUACUGCUCCUUCAAUAGACUUUUAACUGACUAUAAGAAACUUUGCAAGUACAUGCCAACUUACACUAACUCUAAUCCCAACCUAACAGUCUACUUAUAAUCUAAUGAGAAUUAGUUGCAAUGUAAUUUAAAUAAAAAAAACGUACCAUCAAAAUAAAGUGUGACCUUAUAUUGGUGAAAGAGGUAAUGAAAUAAUACUAGAUUGUUUUCAUAAACAUGGCUGUGACCUAAUUUGUGUGUCAUUUGAA